AUGUAUUUAAAUAUUAAAUUACUUUUAAUUUUUCUUCUGAAAAUUUUAUUAUUUUUCUGCAAAGCAGAAUCUUUUACUGAACAAAUUACUUGUGUAAACGAUUAUCUUUUAAUUUCAAAAAAUCUCGAAACAAAAAUUUAUGCCAAAAAAAUUGGAAAGGAAUGGAAUGUUGAGAGGGGAAUUUCUAAAAAUAUUAUUUCCAAAAAAAUUGAAAAAGAUUUUAAAAUAGAAAAAGAAGAAAUGUCACAUUUUAUGGGGGAGGAAUUUGCAGAUAGAUGUUUUGAAUUAAAUGAAAAAUUGGUUAAACAAGGAGAUAUUUUUAGUUUCAAGGAUUUCUUAAAAAAAUUUAAAAAAGAAAAUUCUGAAAAUUUUAUUUUAUCGACAAAUAUUCAAGACGAAUUAGGUAAAUAA